CCAGAUAAAAACCCAUCUCCCAAAUCCCAAGAUCUCAAACAGCGAACCCUUUUUCUGGGUCUGAAAUUCCAGGGAAAAAGAGAUUCGAAGCACUCAAAGGGAAGCAAAGAUGUGCUGCUGUCCAAGCAGAGUUUGCAUGCUGUGCACUUGUUUGAUACUGGUGGUGGUUUUGGUGGGGCUUUUGUUUGGGUUUGGAGUGUUCAAGAAUGGCUUCCACAAGAUCAAAGAUACUGUGAAUUUCUGUGAUCCGAAUGUUCAUGGAUCUUAUUGUGGGUCUACUGGAAGACCCUUCUUGGGUUACACUGCACCUGCACCUUUCUAGGGGGGUUUCUUUAAUUCUCUUGUUUUUCUAUGUAAUUUGUUUAUCCUUUUCUGUUCUUGGUUUUAUUUUGAAUUUUUAGUUUUUAGGUUUGGUUUUUUAUUGCUGGUAAUCUGGGUUACUGGGUGUCAUUGCAGCAGCUGCUGCUGCUGCACUAGGGAUUUGGGUUGUUCUUGGAAUUUAGGUUUAUUUGUAUUUUGGCCCCUUCCAGUUUAUUAUUCUAUUGGUUAUGUUUAUUUUAGUGGACCUUGAUUUGUGUGUGGCA